GCUUUGAGGUUUUCGGGUUGUUGGUUAAGGCGUUAACGCAACCAGUCUGCCAGUGCAACUUACCAACUGGGCUGACAGGCUCAAAGCUGAAGGUGACACAGACGCAGCCGCCAUUUCGUCACCUGGCCCCUAACCGCUAAACCACUAACUUUAAUUCCCCCGUCUUCCGUCUUCCGCGUUCCAUCCAAUAAUGGUUCCUCGGAAUGAGGAACAACUACGUCGUCCUGCCCCCAAUACUCGCUUACUCUCUGUCCAGUCCAUCGUAUCUAAGCAUUCCUUUCGCUCAUACUCUUCUUCCUUCGAAGCUGACGAUGAACGAUCAACAUCCACCGAAUCAGGCAGAAUGACCCCGGCACCAAGCAUCAUCGAAGAUGGCAUACCUCCCAGUCGCUAUCAUGGCGAAGAUGUCCGUCCGACCAGCACCAAGGAGCUGGCUGGUUGGUACAUGUAUGCCUUUGCUGCCGAGACCUAUGUAAUAUGCGCAAUCUCUUCCUUCAUUCCGAUUCUACUCGAAAGCUUGGCGAGGGAAAAUGGAGUUCUCGUAUCAGAUCGGAAAACACCAUGCGGCGACAAUGCAAAUGGGCAGUGUGUUGUCUCUAUCCUCGGCCUCGAAAUCAACACGGCUAGCUUCGCUAUGUAUACCUUCAGCAUAAGUGUCCUCCUACAAGCACUACUAGUAGUCAGCAUAAGCUGUGCCGCCGACCAUGGGAAUUAUCGAAAACGAUUGUUGUUAACAUUUGCCUGGAUUGGAAGCUUCUCCGUCAUGUUCUACAUCUUCAUCUCUAAGGAUAUAUACAUCCUCGGCGCCCUACUAGCUAUUAUUUCAAACACGUCGCUCGGGGCUUCCUUCGUUCUCCUAAACUCCUUCCUCCCUCUGCUUGUCCGCCAUCACCCAAAAUUACAAGAGUCGGUAACCGGAAUCCCGGAAGACCUCGAUCUACAAUCCAAUACAGCAAUCGAACAUCCGUCUUUCUCGACAUCUCCUACUCUUGCCGAAGAUCACCUAAGCGACUCGACAGCUGCCUUGUUACCGCGAAACGAUUCCAUCUCCGACAUCCAUGACCUACGACGGAUACCGACCCACGAAGAACUUACUUCUAUUGAACUUCAGCUCUCUACUCAGAUAUCUGCAAAGGGGAUUGGAAUUGGGUAUGGUGCUGCCUUGUUCGCGCAAUGCGCUUCCAUCUUGAUUCUAGUGGGCAUGGGUAGCUCUACUUGGUCACAACGAGUUGUCUUAUUUUUCAUUGGAGCUUGGUGGGCUAUCUUUACAAUACCAGCAGCCGCCUGGCUUAGACCCAGACCGGGGCCUCCUCUUGCAGAGAGUCAAUACCAAGGGGCGCGUGCUUGGAUUUCUUACAUCGCAUACUCCUGGAGAAAUCUCUUCCGGACCGUGAAGCUAGCUCGACGCUUGAUAGAUAUUGUCUUAUUCUUAGCCAGCUGGUUUCUGAUUUCCGACGCCAUUGCAACGACUUCUUCGACAGCGAUCUUAUUUGCCAAGACGCAGUUAGGCAUGAAGCCGUGGGCGUUAGGGAUGAUCAACGUUAUUUCCACAACUACGGGCGUUUUUGGUGCAUUUAGUUGGUCGUUUAUAUCACGACAUUUCAAGUUGAAGCCACAUCAAACCGUGUUAGGCUGCAUCGCUCUUUUCGAGAUCAUACCUCUUUAUGGUCUUCUUGGUUACCUGCCUUUCGUUCAGCGAUGGGGCGUUCUUGGGCUUCAGCGACCGUGGGAAAUGUAUCCGUUAGCCGCUGUUUAUGGAUUCGUCCUUGGUGGACUUAGUUCAUAUUGUCGGUCAUUAUAUGGAGAGCUAAUCCCCCCCGGAUCCGAAGCUGCUUUUUAUGCCCUUUACGCUAUUACCGAUAAAGGUUCAAGCAUAUUCGGUCCUGUUAUAGUGGGAGCUAUUAUUGAUGCGUCGGGUGAGAUCCGACCCGCAUUCUGGUUUCUCGCGGUGUUAGUCGGUCUUCCUGCGCCGAUUAUAUACUUCGUCAAUGUCGAACGCGGAAAGUAUGAAGGCGAGAAACUAGCCGAGGUUAUCGAAGGAUUUAAGAGUGCGGAAGAAAGCCAAAGAAGCACGUCUCACGAUGGCAGUGAUAGCCAGCCAAUACUUGCUGGUUAUGACACGGACGAUGACGGGAUUAACGGCCACGCGAGGUCAUAAUUGUGCCAAAUUCAUUCUAUAAGGGUCUAUCUAUCCAUCUUGCAUAGCGACGGCGUUGACGACUACUAUAAAAGAGGGUUGUAUAACCGCGACUCUUAGUUACCUAGCUUUAAAUCGAGACUUUCUUGAAUUAAAUAUUAUCUAUUUUACACAAGCUGUUGCAGGCUUUCUCGGCAUACUAGGUAGUAUUAUACAGUUCGC